GGCAGGGCUCCAUGCGUCACCGCGCCGCAUGGUGACGCCCGCGGCUUGCGCCGGCUGUGGUGCGCACGUGGCUUCGGCGGCGCAUGGAGGGCGGCAGUGGGGGACGCGGCCCUGGCCCGGCGCUGGCGGUCUGCGGGGCGCUGAUGGCCGCCAGCGGCGGUGGCAGGCUGCUGGCGGCCCGCUACAAGGAGCCCGGUGAUGAUAGUCUGUUCGUGUAUGAUUGCAUCAAUGCAGAGAAGAAGACCGCAGGGAAUAAAGGACAGGAUGGACAACCAGCAGAUAAAGGAAGUGAUGACAUCUUAGCUUUUGCCUUCUCCUCAUCAGGAAAUUAUUUUGCCUUGACAGAUGACAAUAAACGUCUGAUUCUGUUCCAUACUAAGCCUUCGUGGGAAUGUGUUAGUGUCAGAUCUGUGAAUAGGAGAUGUACUGCCUUGAUUAUUACAGCUGCUGAGGAUAAGAUUCUGGUUGCAGACAAAUCUGGUGAUGUCUAUUCUUAUUCAAUAACAGAACCCCAAACAGAAGGAAAACUUGAACUGGGUCACUUGUCCCUGCUAUUGGAUGUGGCGCUGAGUCCUGAUGACCGGUAUAUCCUAACUGCGGAUAGAGAUGAGAAGAUCAGGGUCAGUUUGGCUAAAGCUCCUCAUAACAUUGUAUCCUACUGUCUGGGACACAAAGAGUUUGUAAGCAAAAUAUUUGUAAUACCCAACUAUCCAGAUCUGCUGUUGUCAGCUUCUGGGGAUUGUACUGUGCGACUUUGGGAGUACAGAAGCGGGAAAGAAGUGUACUGUUGUCAUCUAAGCAGUAUCAGUGAGCCUGAGGCAACCAAAACUGACCAGAAAUACACUGUGUCAAGAAUAGUCUACUGCUGUCAAGGUGGUUAUGUUGCCAUUAUAUGCGACUGUAUUCCCACAGUCUACAUCUUUCAGCUCGAUGCCAUUGCCCAGCAGCUAGUUUACAGACAGCAAAUCUCUCUGAAACAUAAAGGUUGGGACAUUGCAUUUGAGGAAACAGGAGACUUCUGGAUUUUACAGGAAGACAGCGAAGCCCCUCUUCUGUUGUACAGACCAGACGAUGGACAGUGGAAGCCUGUAACUGAUGACAAAGGAUUACAGAAGAUGUCAAAAUACCUGCAUGACAACUGGACAGUGUUUGAAGGUUUUGUUGGUGCAGAGAGCCACUACAGCAGUCUCUACAAGGCUUCUUUUGAUAACAUGGCCACCUAUCUACAGAGGAAAGAGGAAAGGUUACAGCAGCAGAAAAAAAAAAGAAAGGAUCUGCAACAUGGUUCUAAUGGACAAACAAAAAAGAUUAAAACCGACAAGUCAUCACUAUGACACUACCUGUUGUUAGCUUGUAACUUUGAGCAAGCUGAAAGGAACUGAUCUUGCCCUGGACUGUUAAAUGUAAAUUAUAGAGGAAGAUUUGAUUUAAACUUUUAUUCAGAUUGAGGUUUUUAGGUAGCCUGAUACAACAGUACCCUGCUUGCAGCAGGUGCUGCAUUUACUAUAUGCCCAAGCUUGUAACAGCAUAAAAAUGUUAGUACAGUCUGAGAAUCUCUGAUGCAUGAUAUAUGAAUAUUGGAGAUGUUAUUUUCCGUGAAACAGGAUUUCCUUUUUGCCUACUGUGUUCAGGCUUGCUUCUUCAGGUGGAAGUGCACUGAUUAAAGUUGACAUCUUUUUUUUUUUUUUUUUUUUCUUUUUUUUUUUUUUACUUUAAGGCUUGUUAGUGAAUGUAACUGAUGUAAUGUAACUGGUUAUGGAAGAGGGAAUAUUGCAAAAUUGUUGCUGUAUAUGAAAAGUUGUAGCUGUUUUUACCCUAUGCUUCAGUUUAUAUAGUAGGGCUUCUGCCUAGGUUCUGAUUGAGUGCUUCUUGUAGCAUAUUUCUACAAGGAGUGCAAAAACAGAUUUUAUACACUGGAAAGUAAAAGUAAAAAGUGUCAGUCAACUUUGUGCUAUUGGAAGAAGAUUAUUCUAUUGCAAUAUGAUCCUAGUGUGUCUGAAAAUCAUUUGAGAGGCCCAUGAGCAAUACUUGGAGUGUAUUCUGCUUCUUUCAGCAAGAACUCUUUCAUGUUGAAAUUAGCCAAGAAACACAUCUUUUUGAACAGUUAUCAGUAAGAGCCUUACGGAAUUACUUGUUGCCUCAUCACAAGGCAGAGGAUAUGUAUUCCUCUACCAGCUGCCAUCAUGUCUACAUAGAAUCUAAUGUACUUCAGCUGAGACUGUAAAACCAAGUGUAGAAAUCUGUAUGAUCUAUUAAAUAUUAAGAAUUAGCCUAUGAACCAUAAA